AUGAAUCGUCUAUGGAAAAAAUGGCAACAGCUAUUGGAAACAAAUCCAGAAGAAGAAGGUACUCUCCAGAUUUACAUAAACAAAUAUGGCGAUUUCCGUAAACUUUUCAAUGAUGCCAUUUCUACUCUACAAAAGUUGGACAAUGAGCGACCAUUCAAAGAAAAAGAAAUCGAGAAAAGAAAACUAGAAUUCAACCCGUAUACGGAAUCUGAUGCUGAAUCACUGCAGUCGACAGAGCAGUCAAUGUCAUCUCCUAUACUACCUGCCGCUGCAGUUUCUACCGAUAUACAACCACGUAUCCAGCAUCCACUUUCAACAGCAACUCAAAAUCUGUCAUUCGUCGAUGCCCCAAUACUUAGCAAACAGGAUCUUCCCGUUUUCGAAGGCAAUCUUUUGGAAUUUCCAGAACACUGGGCUCGCUUUUCUACUCUAGUCGGAGACAAACCUCAAUUGGAUGGUGCCACAAAACUCUCACUUUUGAAGUCAACUUUGCGAGGAAAAUCUCCUCAAAGACAUCAAUGCGUCAUGUCCUUAAUAACGACCGACAAACUCGAACAUCCACUACAACAUCAAAUGUUGGAAGAAUUAGUCGAAAAAUUUUGGUCAGUGGAAUCAACAGGAACAAGCGAUGAUGUAUCCCAGUCUGAUGACAACAAAUGCCUUCAAGAAUUCAACGAUACCAUAUACUUCAACACACAAGAAGGACGAUAUAUGGUCCAACUACCUUUCAAAGAUGAUCUGUCCGACCUCUCCGACAACUUCGAAAUGGCAAUUUCUCGUCUCAAGUCAACAGAUAGAGGUAUGCCAAUGAAAGAACUUCUACAAUCCGAAUUAUGGCUCGACGGACCAAACUUCCUUCUUCGUUCCGAAAACAACUGGCCCAGUAACAUCAGUCAUUCUGCGUAUGAUCACGAAAUCAAUGCUGAAUCAGCAACCUUCUCAUAUGGAUCAACGCACAGCCCAUUAAUAGAAGAUGAAAGAUUCAGCUCCUGGACGAAAAUCCUCCACACUGUGGUCAUAGUUCUUUUAUUCAUCAUUAAAAAAUCAGCGAAGGCGAAACGCUCCUUUUCGGACGAGAGGAACCGUUUGAUUUCGAUUGCAGAGCGUGUACUCUGCCGACAAGCGCAGUUGAGUCAUCCUCCUGAUGACGUCAUCGAAAAGCCUGUAUCGAUGUAG